CUUCCAUCCCUUCCCUUCGUUGAUCUCACUUACUUGCCAAAUCUCUUUAUCUAAACACACCUUAAGCCUGCUUAAGAUUGCAGAAUGGACCGAAAAUCCAUGAUUACCUGCUAUGUCUUCAUAAAUCGAGAGCCCUUUAGGUUCAAUCCACGGCCUCGCAUUUCACUGGUUGCAGCUGCGAGAAUGCUUCACUGAAACCAUAGGUUGCAGGUUCUAGUAUUGGAAACAGGCUCUCUGCGUUGCGGGAAAAGGCUGAGUGCUUUUUGCUAUUCCUAGACCCUUUCUCCACCAUGGGAGCCGUCAGCAGUGUGCAGGGGACUGUUUAAAAAUCAAAUAGUGUUGAUAAAACGUUUAAUAAUAUUCUAGAAGCCUUGCCGCCUGAUGACAAUAAUACUCUACCUUGAUGGGAGUAAUGGACAAGAACACCACAUGAAACACGUUCCAUCAUCUGCACCACUUACAAUGCAUGAACAUCUUGAACCAAAUUCCGAGAUGGAACUUGGUCACUCUGUUGUAAUCUCUCUUGUGCACUUGCACGUGUGCGUUAAAUGGUUUUGACACCAUACCCAUAUUCAGAUCCACGAUAUGGAGGAAUGCUGACUUCUUACGAGCUUCAAGCUAUGGCGCCACCUCAAUUUUAUGGAAUGCAUCAUGCUAGAAUGCCUCUGCCCCUUGAAAUGGAAGAAGAGCCUGUUUAUGUGAAUGCAAAGCAGUAUCAUGGCAUUUUAAGACGAAGACAAUCACGGGCUAAGGCUGAGCUUGAAAAGAAAGUGAUAAAAUGCAGAAAGCCAUAUCUUCACGAGUCUCGGCACCUGCAUGCCAUGAGAAGGGCAAGAGGUUGUGGUGGUCGUUUUCUGAACAAACAGAAGCUUGAGAAUAAUGGAGGGAGUCCAACAUCAGAGAGCGUGAAUGGAGGUGGUAACCAUUCAACACAGUCUACCACUUUGUCGGGCUCUGAAUGCUUUUCUACUGAUGGCUCCGGAAAAUUGGCUUCAUCAAACAAUCAGCAAGAAGGAAUUGCAUUCACGGUUCGAGACGUUUGUGAAGCACACAAUUCAUCAUGCAGCAACAGCAAUGGGCAUGGUCUUUUGUCAAUCUACCAUUCAUCUCCUGCCAUUAGCAUGGAAGAAACACUUGUUGGCCAGCGCAAAGAAAUUAUGCAGGGGAAUGGGGUUCCAAAUGAGGCCAAGAAAAGAAAGUAAUAUGUCCUUGGUGCUACAAGGCCUCUCCCGCAUUGCUUCAUAGAUAAAGCUGGAGGUCCUUUGAGCUUGGGGGGAAACCAUACCCGAGUGGGCAGCAUCUCGCAGGCAAUUCAUUCUUGGCUUUGAUUACUGUUAGAUGGGAAAAUGUGUGAUGGAGUUCAUAGUCUCUUCAUUAUGGGAUUGUUUCCUCCUUCUCUUCACCUCUUUCAAAUCCCUGUGUGUGUAAUAGUAACUUAAUUUCAGUAGUUGUGGAUGUCAUGUAUAUUUUUCAGUUUAUGGAGUCUCUGGAGGACUAAAGGUUGUGGAAGAAGUGUGUUACUUUUGCUAUCUUGUUCAUUUGAGGGGUUGGUUAUGUGGAUAAAAUAUACAUUCAGGUAUCGAAAAAUGGGAUAAUUCAACUUUUGGUUA